AAAUAUCGUAGUUAUAACGUAUGAAUUGAGAAUGUAAGAUGUAUUGUUUACAAAUCCAGUAAAUAAUUAAUGUGAAUUAUUUCUAUGUAAAAUAUGUUUGUGUGUGCUCAGAGUAAUCACUAUCGAUAAGUUUAUAUAUUGAUGUAAUUUCUUUAGUUCUUUGACAAUUCAUGUAGCUUGUUGAAAUAAGACUAGACUAAUUUAUUGUAAAGUUGUAUAUAAUUGAACAGCGUAAUGAAAGAAUAAUAUAAUUAUUGAUUUCUUGGAUUGUUUUCCCAUGGAUAUUUUAACAGAUACAUUACAUGCACUACAUAUGAGAUACCCUGAGAUAAAUUUAUUUUUCAUCAAAAUAAAAUCCAUGGUUGCUUACUGAUUAACUAAAAUUUCCUUUUGAUGGAUACCUAUAUAAUUGUCCUCAGUACAAUUAUCUGUAUUAUAUUUCUAUUUUAUGCAUGUAACAAUUAUAAGCAAUGACAUCUAGUUCAUCUCCAAUGCACAAUAAUUGUAAUAGCAGUUUUAAUGGUAGCGGCUCUAUCAACGGGACUUUGUGCAGAACCGGCAGUCUUGGAUUUAUUGAUGAAGUGCUACGUUACUCUGGAACUAAACAAUAUAUAUUCUUACAAGUUCACGUCUGUGCAAUUCACCAAGUGACUUUAAGAGAUAUAUCAGAUUUUCAUGAAACAGAUGCUUUAAGCUAUAUUGAAAGAUAUUAUAAAAAAAGAAGAGCUCAUUGUACUGCAGCUUUACUAGAAGAUCGAAUUUGUUUACGACGUGUUAAACAGUCGGGAAAAAUGCCAUUUCAUCCAUGGGUUGUAUAUAAUGAAAUAAAGUAUAUAUUCAUAAGCCAGAAACGACCUGAAUACUUUGUCUUGUGUAUCGAUUCAAAUCAUGACCGGAGAAAAUACUAUGAAAUAUACAAAUGUAAAUCAGCUGAUGAUGUUAAACAAAUUGAAGAGAAGAUGAAAGCAGCAAUGAGGGAUCCUGAUAAGUUACUACGUAAAAUGCAUAUUUUAAGCCGUAUUAGUUUACCUCCUAAAAAUAAUGAAAAUCAAAAAGAGUUGGUUCCGAAUAUCAUGGUAGAAGAUGUAAGUAAACUAAAUGGUGAUGAAGAUAAUAAAAAUAUUUAUAGUAAUAUUCAUGAUAAUAAUAAUAAAAUUCAUAAUAAUAAUAAUAAUAAUAACAAUAAUAAUAAUAAUAAUCGUAAUAUUAACAAUAAUGGUGGUGGUGGUAGUAGCAGUAAUGAUAAUAACAGUGGUAGUGCUGACAAUGAAAUCGAUGUCAAGAAAGACAAAAAAUCUACUAGUUCCUUAAGCCCCGUCACACCAGUGAAAGAUUUAACUCUAGAAUCAUUGAAUGAAAAUUAUGUUGUAUCUAGUAUUUCAAUUACUCCCAUAGAAUUUUUUCAUCAUUCACCUGAAUCAUUAAUUUAUCAAAUAAAACAAAGUGUAUACGAACCAUCUCAAAAUACACAUUCACUGCCCCACUCUAUAUCAUCAGAAAGUGGAGAUAUUCAUGUUGAAACUCGAAUUAAUGAUAUAAUAGAUAAAAUAACAUUUAUUAAUCAUGAUCCACUAAAAGGAUUUUGUGAAAGUCAAGAUGGAAAUUUUUAUAUGUUUUUAGAUCGUCAAGAAUUUCAUUUGAAUAAAUACAUUGAUAGAGAAGAGAGUUUUAUCAUAUCUAAUCAAAAAGAAUGA